AUGCUCGAAGAGCGGUCCCGGGACAUUCAACCGCGGAUUGACGACGGGAUCAGCUACGGCGCGGCCCGACAACGCUGUCAGAUUGGGCGCCUGUGGGAUUAUCGCCUUCACGGAAUCGGGAAGCACCGCUCGUCGCGUCUCGAGGUACAGACCGGGAACACCGAUUCUCGCCCUCACGCCCCACGAGAAAGUGCUUCGCAUGUUGACCGUCAGUUGGGGAGUGAGUCCGUCAAGGGUCCCGACCUCACCACGGUCUCACAUCUCCUCAACGUGUCCGAAGGCCACGCGGUCUCGUCCGAUCUGGUACCGGACGACGGCGGCAAGGUCGUCAUCACUGCUGGAUUCCCGUUUGGAACGGUUGGAAGUACCAACCUCCUCUACAUCAUGGACAUUCCGCCGAAGGCGGCACGACAGGAGGGCAGCCAACCGUGCUGA